AUGUCAACUAAUCAAGUUUUUCUUCAAACCCUGGCUUCCUUUCAAAUCUUUCUCUUCGCCUACGUUCUUAGCAAUUCUCCAAUCUUCACGACUUCCCAGCCUUUUGAUUACCCAACAGCAAAACUUUCAACUUCAUGGAUCAACAGUGUCUCUGCAAAUCAUUCUGUAGAUUUUACAGAUGGCUCAACAAUAAGGUCCAUCCUUCUGAGGGGAACUUUUGGUCCAAGAUAUGCCUGUGGGUUCUACUGCAAAGGGAAUUGUGAAACUUAUAUCCUUGCCAUUUUUAUUGUUCAAACAAACAGUGGUGGAGGUAUUACAUCUCCCAGCAUAGGAUUCCCGCAGGUUGUCUGGUCUGCUAACCCCAACAAUCCAGUUCGAAUCAAUUCAACUUUGCAGCUCACAUAUGACGGGGAUUUGGUCUUGAAAGAUGUUGAUGGCACUUUGGCAUGGUCUACAAACACUGCAAGGAGGUCUGUCGCUGGCUUAAAUUUGACCGAGAUGGGAAACCUUAUUCUAUUCGAUGAAAAUGAAUCUGUGGUUUGGCAGUCGUUUGAUCAUCACACUGAUUGUUUGGUUCCAGGACAGAGAUUAAAAUCAGGGCAGAAGUUAACAGCUAGUGUUUCAUCAACUAACUGGACUCAAGGAGGUAUUUAUUUGUCUAUGACUAAUCAAGGUUUGACUGCAUCUAUAAGAUCUAAUCCUCCUCAAGUCUAUUUUAAACAUGGGUUUACUAAUUUCGAAAGGAAUAAAGAACUAACUUAUGCUCUGCUUAUAAAUGGAAGUCUGGAUUUAUAUAUGAACUCUACAGAGACGAGUCCCUCGGACAAGAUUGACAUUCCUCCAGCCACUUCAGCCCAGUACAUUAAAUUGGAUUAUGUUGGGCAUCUUAAAGUUUUUGAAUGGCUAACAGGAUGGAAGGAGGUGGCUGACAUUACUACGGGUUAUCUUGGUGAAUGUAAUUACCCAAUGGUUUGUGGUGAAAAUGGAAUUUGUUCAAAUGGGCAGUGUAGUUGUCCCACAUCGACCAUGGAUUCUACAAACUAUUUUAAGCAGAUUGAUGGUAGGCAACCUAAUCUUGGUUGUUCUCGAGUCAUUCCUCUUACUUGUGAUGCUUCCAAUUUUCACAAGUUUUUGGAUCUGGAUGAAACCACAUAUUUUACCUUCACUCCAGACAUUAGUAGUACAAACAUUAAUCGUUGUAAAGAAACAUGCUUAAAAAACUGUUCCUGUAAGGCUGCGAUUUUUCGAUAUGGCUCAGACCCUUUUGAUGGGGAUUGCUAUUUACCAUCUCAGAUAUUUUCACUGAUGAACAAUGAGAAGGACAAGACCCAUUACAAUUCAACUAUAUCUAUCAAAGUGCAGGUUCCUCCGAGUGCAAUAUCACCUUCAGUAGAUUUGUCCCCUGCCGCUGCUACCAAGGGGAAGAAGAGUGCCCUUGUGCCUAUAUUGGGAUCCGGUAUAGGAAUUUUAUUGGUAACUGUUGUAAUUGGAUUUUUAUUUUUCAUAGCCAUGAAAAAAAGAAAAGAUCUAAGGGAAGAAGUAGAGGAGGACUUUUUUGAUCAAGUACCAGGAAUGCCAACCAGAUUUUCAUUUGAAGAGUUGAAAAAUGCCACAGAGAACUUCAAUAAAAAGCUCGGUGAGGGAGGAUUUGGUUCAGUAUUUCAAGGAACUCUAAAGGAUGGCACUGAAAUCGCAGGACCAAAGCCAAGUUGUGACCAACAUGAGAGGAGAAAUUUUGAAAAAUCCGAGCCUGAGGACGAUAGACAUUUACUGAGUCUUUUCAAGACAAAAGCACAAAAUGGACAAUGGUUAGAUAUGAUUGACAAACACACUGAAGAUAUGCAGUUCCAUGGAGCAGAAGUCGUGGAAAUGAUGCAGGUUGCUGUUUGGUGUUUACAAGGUUAUUAUGCCAACAGACCUUCAAUGUCAACGGUGAUCAAGGUCUUGGAGGGUGUUAAAGAUGUUGAGAAAGAUUUAGAUUAUAACUUCUCAAGCCCAGAGAUUGUGACAAACAGAAGUCCAGAAGUUGAUUCUCGAGAUGCAACUCCAUUACUUCCUUCAACUCUAUCAGGACCACGGUGA